GUCCAAGUUCAAGGUAUUAACACAAUAAAUCUGACAUUGUCUGCAAAGCUUGCCACUCCUCCUUUAGAAUUACCUUGAACCUCAUCGACAAUUAGCUCUCCUUACGUUGGUUUUCAAAAUGUGGGGUAAAGUAAUAUUUCUACUGGUUAUUGGGGUCGCAGGAAGUUCUGCAAUUUUGUUGGAUCUUGUGGCAAAGCUUCUCGUCUCGACCGAUGUAAAUCUGAUUAAAUUCUACUACUUCCCAACGCCAAGCCAAAAGAUUGAAAUCAAGUAUGGUGAUGUCAAUUCGUUAACAUCCUCGGGCCUGCUUAAUGGAAUAACAACAACGGUCUUGAUCGAUGGUUUUUUGUCCUCCUCGGAGACUCCGAUGCCCGUCACGCUAAGAAAUUCACUCCUCUCCGAAAACGUACAAAACAACAUCCAGAGAAAUAUCAUAGUAGUCGACUGGUCCUCCUUGUCUGGUGGGAAGUCAUUGAUUACGGACUGGUCUGCACCCUUAGCGUUGGCCAUGUACCCGUUGGUACUGCUCAAUGUAGUCCCCGCAGGACAAAGGGUGGCUGAGUUUCUCGAAUUUUUAAGAGUUAACAAAGGAAUUGAUCAAAGUCAAGUGCACAUAAUUGGACAUUCCCUUGGUGCACAUGUUGCUGGUAAGGCUGGAUCUCAACGCCCGACUUCCAGACUGACUGGCUUGGACCCUGCUGGUCCAGUGUAUUAUCUUUCGCUCUCUUCAUCGGACAUGAUUUACAAAGGCAAUGGAAUAUUUGUUGACCUCUACCACACUUCGAGAGGAAUGAUGGGCGACUCUCGCACGGGAACUGGAGACAUUGACGUGUACGUUAAUGGGGGUACUACACAACCCGGAUGCACAUCCUUUGAAGUGGUCCCUGGGUACUGUGCUCAUACGUAUUCUUGGCUGGUAUACAAUGCAUCAAUCGGUCGAAACGAUUUGUAUGCUUGUCCUUGUUCCACGACCAACCCACUCUUGGCCCCAACAUGCUUCUGCCAAACUAAUUGCAACGACGCUUCCUGUUCUGGCGCAAUCGCGAUUGGUGCUAAGGCUAGUGUUGCCUCCAGAGGCGAAUUUCAUUCCACCAUUACGGAAAGCUUCAAGUAAUUUGUUUCGUAAAAUAUGAUGAUGGAUUGAUUUAAUAAAUUAUUACUGCGUGCAAAUCAAA